AUCCCCAGAGACAAGGAGUGGACAACGGCACGUUAUUUGAACGAGAAGUUUGGAACUGUUUGCAAAAUAUGGAUAGUGAUUCCACCGGAAGACUAAAUGAAGUAUUUGAAACCACGUGAAGAUUGUUGCCGGCAUGACGAUGAUGUACACAAAACACUUUCCUGGUGGACCAGCUGUCAGCGGCCUACUGAGCUGCCUGUUCGUUACCAUGGAGUACCUCAUCCAUCCGUUCUCCUGGUUUGCCAGCCAGUUCAUUAGCCUGUUCAUUCCCACGACGUCCGAGCUAGAAAAGCCGUACUUCGUGAUCGUUAAAGUCGUCUUCCUGUUCGUGCCGUACCUUUUAGCCAGCGUACUGUUCUUCCCAUUGUACGCGAUCGGCGUGCUGGCGAGAGUUCCCCUGCAGCACGUCCGGGCGCCGUACAUCAUCAGCGAGAAGUGGACGCCCUAUUCGAGGAGGAAGUACCAGAAGCGGCGGGCGUGCGACCAGUACACGAUCCUCACCGCCAACCUCUGCCUCUUGCCAGAAUUCCUGGCGCGGUUCAACAAUCUGUCGCGGACGGCGAGCCGGGCCACGGAGAUCGGCCAGCGGAUCAUCGUGGACCAGCUGCUGCACGACCAGAACCACGCCCGCGAGGCCGAGCUGCCGAUACCGCUGACCCGGCUCCUGGAGAGACACAGGCUCGAGCACAAGCGCGUCCUCAACUACAGCGCCAACAACAGCAACAAGGGGGUCCCGGCGGGGAUGUCGCCGGCGAUUUCUUCGAUCACGUCGAGUCUCCUGGUGUCCAGCACCCUGGCGCACUUCACCCAGCUCGACUUCCUCUGCUUCCAGGAGUGCUGGUCGACGACGUUGACCCAGAGACUGGUCCGCGAGCUGCAGCAGCUCUACCCAUACAUCGUCCACGACAUCGGCGCAUACGACUUCGACGUCAACUGCUACGGCUUCAACAGCGGCCUGAUGUUCGCCAGCAAGUACUGCAUCGGGGACGUCGACUUCAAGCCCUUCACGGGUGAACUGACGCGUGGCGCCUUCGACUCGAAGGGUUUGCUCAUGGUAAAGCUUCAGAUUAACAAGCAGCACGUUGGGUACAUAUUUCUUACUCACCUGGAGGCGUUCGAAGGGAAGAAGAAGAUUCGAGAGAAACAGAUGACCAGCAUUAUGUCAUGGAUGCACGACUUCAAGAAGUCCAACAAAGAGCUUCACGAUGUCAUCCUGUUCGACUUUCUGUGUGGAGACUUCAACUUCGAUAACAUGUCACCAUGUGACAAGAGCUGCCAGCAUCACGCUUUGUUUGACAAGUACGAAGAUGUAGCCAGGGAGCGUCCCGGGGUGGACAAAGCCUGGUCAAUAGGCACGAAGCUGCGGCAGUUGAGUCUGUACGAGGAGGCGGUGUCCAGCCCUGAGGUCAUGCAGCGUACCCUUCAGAGCCCUCUCAAGCGGCCGCUUUAUGUGGUGGACGCGACCCUCGUCAAAGGCUCGUACGGCGAGAUACGCGCACAGCAACCCAGACUGGACGGUCGCGGAAAACCGCUGAUAACGCCGAGGUCCGGCAAGAGGAGAACCAACUACAUACUGUGCAGGCAUAACAUCCCAGUGAUUGUAGAGAACUAUAAUUUCAUAACGCGGCUGGCCACGCUGACAGACCACGUCCCGAUCUCGAUGACAAUCAAAGUCCACGCAUGAUCAACAGAGUCUUCCGUUCACCUGGAUAGUGACACUGACUUUUUCUUAAACCUAUAUUUGUACACACAUUUACCACUGGCGUAGGAAGUGGGUGGAGGAUAUAUCCCCCCCCCCCCCCCCCCC